AUGACCCACUCCUGCUGCUCCCCUUGCUGCCAGCCCACCUGCUGCCGCCCAACUUGCUAUCAAACUAUCUGCCAUACCAACUGCCUCCGACCAGUGUGUGAGGACAGCUGCUGCCGCCCCUCCUGUGGCAGCUCCUCCUGCUGCCAGCCCACCUGCUGCAGACCCACCUGCUGCCAGUCCUGCUGCUGCCGCCCAACCUGCUAUGAAAACACCUGCCGUACUCACUGCCAUACCACCUGCCUCCGACCAGUGUGUGAGAUCAGCUGCUGCCGCCCCUCCUGUGGCAGCUCCUCCUGCUGCCGCCCCUCCUGUGGCAGCUCCUCCUGCUGCCGCCCCAUUGCCUGCUGCCAGCCAGCUUGCUGCAGCCCCAUGUACUGCCAGAGAACCUGCUACCACCCAACAUGUGUCCGCCUGACUGGCUGCCUGCCUGAGACCUUCGGGUGCACCUCCUGCCAGCCCUGCCACCGCCCAUCCUGCUACUUUGGCAGUCCAGUGUAUAAAAACAUGAGAACAGAAAGAGUUCUCAGAAUCUGGGAAAACUCACCUCUGUACACAAGCCCACCCUCCACACCUGACACCAUGACCCACUCCUGCUGCUCCCCUUGCUGCCAGCCCACCUGCUGCCGCCCAACUUGCUAUCAAACUAUCUGCCAUACCAACUGCCUCCGACCAGUGUGUGAGGACAGCUGCUGCCGCCCCUCCUGUGGCAGCUCCUCCUGCUGCCAGCCCACCUGCUGCAGACCCACCUGCUGCCAGUCCUGCUGCUGCCGCCCAACCUGCUAUGAAAACACCUGCCGUACUCACUGCCAUACCACCUGCCUCCGACCAGUGUGUGAGAUCAGCUGCUGCCGCCCCUCCUGUGGCAGCUCCUCCUGCUGCCAGCCCACCUGCUGUGGCUCCAGCUCUUGUGGGCAAACCUGCUGUGGCUCCAGCUGCUGCCAGCCCUGCUGCCGCCCCAUUGCCUGCUGCCAGCCAGCUUGCUGCAGCCCCGUGUACUGCCAGAGAACCUGCUACCACCCAACAUGUGUCCGCCUGACUGGCUGCCUGCCUGAGACCUUCGGGUGCACCUCCUGCCAGCCCUGCCACCGCCCAUCCUGCAACUGA